AUGGAUAUGCCCAAAGGGCAGAAGCCAAGAGAGCGGGAUGGAAAAAACGAAAGAAGCAAUUUGAGAGAUAUAGAAGAAGCGAAGAAAAUACGGAACCAACAAAAUGAAGCAAAAUUGAAAAAGUUUUGCGGAAGCACCGAUUUUGUGUUAGACGUACCGAGUAUUGACGAGGGGGUGAAAUUCCUAAAGCAUGAAGUAGACAACGAGAUCUUAAGUUUCAAUUAUACCACUAUGAUGUUAAGUGAGAAGGUGGAAAGGUUAAAUGACGUAGAGAGGAACAUACAUAUCCCCAUGGAUCUCCCUUUUUUAUUUUCCUUUAAUAUGCAAAAUAAUGAUGAUAUAAGCAAUUGGAUAAAGGAGCAAAAUGAGAUAGAAAAUCGGAAAAUUGCAAACGUUGAAGGGACGCAUAGCUACACCAACCUAAAUGAGGAGGUGAAGCAGAUUUCUUCGUCUGCUCCGAUUGUCCAUACGUUUGACAAGGACGAUUUGGAGCUUCUGAAUAGGGUUGCUCCGCAUUACAUUAGAAGGGUUAGAAGUAACCUAUUGCAUUGUGAAGAAAGGAAAAUCAGGGAUCUACAGGAUAAUAAUUCUUCCAUGGGAAUGAAAACACAUGAGCAGGGUGGAAAGAUCUGUGAGAGUGGUGUCCUGGGGAAGAAUGACGGCUCCUCCGAAUUGAUGUUGAAAUGUGGGAAAAGGAAAGUACCAUAUGAUUGCUAUUUUCCACAUCCGCUAAAGAAAGGCACGAAGGUGAAAAAAAUUUACCCCCUUUUGCCGCACAUUGGUGUGUGGAACAAUAAAUAUAUACAAGGCAUUAUGGAGAUCGGAAAUUCUACUGACUACAUGAGAAGCAGUGGUGGGGAGGAUGCUAAUAAAUUGCUGAGCAAGGGGGCGAGUGCCACAUCGAAUAGUGAGUCGAAGAAGCAAAGUAGCGGUAUGCUCGGGUUACUACAUUUGGUAGAGAAGACCCGCGAUAAGCAUCUGUACGGGUUGUACAAAGCGCAGGACAUGGGUUGCGACGAGUAUUUACUAAAUAGGUUUCUGCGCGGGGAUGGUUCGGUGCGGAGGAGUUCCAACGGUGUAGGUGGGGCUAGAGGUGGUACGGAUGGCAGUGGUACGGCUAGCGGUGGUACGACUAGCGGUGGUGCUCCCCUGCGUGGGAACGUACCCCACCAAGCGGGCGACACCCCGGCAGCGAAAAAAAAAAUCAGCCUGCGUAAAUUUCUCAUAAAAAAGUACCUCUUUAAGUUAAAAAUGAGGGAGAAGUUAAAAAAUAAACUACUCAAGGGUGAAAAGGUGACACCCCCUGCAAAGAACGAGCAGGAGGAUGAAGAAAAUUUUCCAAAGUUAAAAAAUGAAAGAAACGCAUCUGUUGAAUUGACACAUCGGAGUAAGCAUGUGACGUUUAACGAAACAAAUAAGUACGAAUACGUGGAAAAUAAAGGAGAGCUAGGGGAACAUGGCGAGGGAGACGAUACAGCCAUGCAGAAUGUGAGCUAUUCGCAAAGUACCCCUCCUGAUGAUAACGUAGAGUGCUUCAAAUAUGUGCGGGAUUAUAAAUCGCCAUCUUUUGCGAUGAAUGAAAACGACCCUCUGUCGUACGUCAUAGGGUUUAACAGGCACAACUUGGCUUUC